CCCCGGUUCUCUUUGGUUGACAACCGGAGGAACUGGAGGAACGCGUGAUUACCUAAUAUCAGGUGACCCUUUUGCGCUGUUGGUCCUUCCGCCGGGGCGGACCCUCUUCGCAACCACAUCUCCUCGCCACGUGAGUUCCGUCUUGACUUGCCUACUCUACAUCUCCAAGAAUCCUCCCCCUCUUUAAGUAAAUUUGCCGUGUUUCGAUACAUGGUCAAAUCGAUACCACCGCUGGCUAUCCAAUCCAUCAAUUUCUCUACUUUCCAAUUUCCGUGCCCCAAUUUUCGAGAUUCGGUGUUUCACAGACAACGUGACCUGCGUCUUGUUGUUGGCAGGUGACUUGCUGUCAGGUGAUAAAGAGGAUCAUCCCAAGAAAGUGAUCGCCUUUUAGGCUCAGUAUGUCUGAUCCCACAAUGAACAGCCCCGACAAUGGAUCGCACAAGCGCAAGAGAGAUGGCUCAGAAGAUCUAGGACCUGAUCCUCAGCGUCUAAACCGCUCUUCUCACGGUAGCAACGGCAGCAUGGGAGACAACCAGCACAACUUCGGUCACAGUGGACUUGGCAACUAUGACCAUGGUCUUCCCAACACUGGAGCUGAGCUCAACAUUGACCAGCAGAUUCUUCAACACGUUGGCCCGCAAAAUGGUUUGUCUGAUGAUAACGCGCUGACAGCCAACGCCAAAGCCGCCCUCGCUGCACACACCCCUCAACACAAAUACCCCCCUCCUCCUGAUGCUGGAUUCGAUGCGAGCAACCUUACCCAGGGUCUGUCGUUUGAUGAAAUGAACCAGACUCCUAUGGGUGGCGCCCACAACCACAACUCGACUGCUGCUGCGGUCUACGCCGCGCGUGAGGCACAAAGCAUGAAUCAGAAGCCCACUGUCGGUUCUCCGGAAUGGCACCAAAUCCGCAAGAACAACCACAAAGAAGUUGAACGUCGCCGUCGUGAAGCUAUCAACGAAGGCAUUAACCAGAUUGCCCGUCUCGUGCCCAACUGUGAUAAGAACAAGGGCGCCAUACUCCAACGUGCCAUCGAAUACAUUCUCCAGCUACAAGAAGAGAAGAAGAAUACCGAGGAGCAGUUUGAAAAGCACAGUCUCACUGCCAACCACGCCAUUGCCGAGAUUAGCAACUCCAACUCCAAGCUGAAGGGCGAGGUCAGCCGACGCAACAACCUUGCUCUGAAGUGGUUGCAGCGUUGCCGCGAUGCCGGUCUAGAGUUCGAUGACUAUGAGGACUCAAAAGAGUUAGAGACACUGGAGAUGGAGUAGGCAAUCUCUGUUCUUUCUUCACGUGCUACGACUAUUGCCUGCUAGGAGGUUAAGACUUGAACAUACCCUCAUUUCCCUGUUGUUUUCCAAUCUGUUGUUCUGCUCUUGUCUGAUCUUUUCUCCUUUCUGCCAUGUUUCCUCAAUCGAUAUGACCCCCAUGGACCUAUCAUUACCCCCGUGUCCCCGAGAAACAUUCUGCCCCAGGCAUCCUGAAUGUUACCUUUUUUUAUUUCCCUGUUUGCGAUGUUU